AUGAUGUCCAAGAUGACUGCGGAUUACGAUGCUAUCGUCAUCGGGGCAGGCUUCAGUGGUAUUAGGUCGCUAUGGGAACUUAACCAGCUUCGCCUGACCGUGAAGUGUUUCGACGCUGCAUCGGAUGUGGGAGGCACGUGGUGGUGGAAUCGCUAUCCCGGGUCGCGAACCGAUGGCGAAGCAUGGGUCUACCUUUUGAACUUCGCCCCGGAGUUGAUGGAGGAAUGGGAUUUUCAUGAACGUUAUCCGUCUCAGGAAGAGAUUCAACAAUACUUGAGUCGUGUUGUUGACCGCUACGAUCUGCGUAAGCAUAUCGAAUUUGGUACGCGUAUUGCGGCCGCACAUUACAGUGAUAGUGAGAACAUCUGGACGAUUACCACUGCCAAUGGACUGUCCACGACCUGUCGCUACUUCCUACCGGCGACUGGGAUUUUGUCAAUUCCAAAGAACCCGACUUUUGCGGGGCUCGAGUCGUAUACUGGCGAGUGGUACCAAGCAUCCAACUGGCCUGCGCACAAGGUUGAUUUUCAUGGCAAGCGCAUCGCCAUUGUUGGCACUGGCUCCACCGGAGUCCACCUCAUUCCCAAACUUGCUCCCGCCGCCAAAGAAUUAACUGUGUUUCAACGCACACCAAAUUACGUGCUUCCGGGACGCAACUAUACCAUCGAUGAGUAUCAGGCUGUUGACAUCAAAAAGAACCAUGAUGUCACAUGGAAACUGGCAGAAAUGAACCUCGCGGGUCACGCAUGUAAAGCAUCAGGGAGAACAGUCAAGGGUGUAGCAGACGCUGACAAGAUCAGACAAGUCUUUGACCACGGCUGGGAAGGUGGUUGUUUCAAUUUUCAGAUGGAGACAUUUGAUGAUAUUUUUAUGGACCCAGAAUCCAACGAGCAGGCUGCGGAAUUCAUCCGUCAAAAGAUUCGCGCCAUUGUCCAGGAUCCGGAGAAGGCAGAACUCCUGUGUCCAAAGUAUCCCUUUGGUUCUAAGCGCCCGCCUUCGGGGCACUUCUACUACGAGACAUUCAAUCGACCCAACGUCAAGCUGGUUGAUAUAAGUCAAGAUGGCGUUGAAUUUUACGAAAAAGGGAUCCGCACCAGCUCCGGAGCUGAACACGAAUUUGACAUGAUCAUCUUCGCUCUGGGAUUUGAUGCCGGUACCGGUGCGCUGAACGAAAUGGAGAUCACAGGAAGCCACGACAAAUCUCUUAAGGAAUAUUGGACAGAGAGGCUUGGAACGUUCGCUGGAGUCCUUGUUUCUGGGUUUCCUAACAUGUUCAUAGUUUGUGGCCCUCACAUGCCUGCGGGAAACCAACCAGUUAUGCUGGAGAUAGCAGCGAACUGGAUCGGCAAAACUAUUGGCCACAUGGAAAAGAACAACCUUGCUAAGAUCAACGUAACGGAGCAAGCUGUGGAUGCAUGGUCCGGUCAUGCUGAUGGACUAUGGAAUUCUGUAUGGAUAUCGAAGCCUGCCACCGAGCACCGCUCUUGGUUUGUCGGCACAAAUAUACCUGGGAAGCCUGCCAAGAUCAUGUUCUACUUUGGCGGUGUCCAAGGUUGGAAAUCCUGGCUCGACAACGAAAUCAAUACGGCGUGGGCAAGCAUGCACUUCACUCCGCUCGCACUCAUCAACAAGACGAGCGAAGAUACCUCAGGUCAAGAUACCUCCGUUGGUGGGGUAUCUGUUACAGCUGAGAUGCUGGAGUCGGCCGUCAUGCCCUUGCAAUCCGACAAAGUUGGAAUGUCGGCAGCAGAGAAAUUCAACCUCUGCUCUGCUGCCUGCGCACGGUACAUCGACUGGGCUGUCAAGGAGAUGCAUAACUAUACACUGGCCGUGAAACAGGACCAUCGAGCCCACUGGUGGAAAGCCCUACAGGAGUUCGUAAAUUCAGAGUCGGGGAGGGCGCUCAUUCAACAAAGUCCAAACACCAAAAACGAGCUAGACCAGCUUACCUCUAAGCUGGGUGUGGAAGGCGAGGCUAUAACCCGGAUUGGGCCUGAGAUAGUUCGCAUCCUGACUGGCCAAACCAAUCCGCUUUACCAUGUCCUUAGGGAUGACUUAUUAUUCCGUAUGUACCUUUCCGAUGAAGGUGCCCGACCGAAUCGAUACGUGGCCGACUAUGCAAAGAUGCUCAGCUCUCAUAAAAAAGACUUGAGAAUUUUAGAGGUCGGCGCCGGAACUGGAGGCACGACAUUCCAAGUACUCCAAGCAUGCAGUCCUUCCGGCGAAUCCUUCUGCUCGGAGUAUAUGUACACUGACAUUUCCAACUUCUUCUUUAAGACUGGCCAGACCACCCUGAAAAAUUGGGAACAUCUACUAACGUUCAAAACUCUGAAUGUCGAGAACGACCCCGCAGGACAGGGAUUUGAAGAGCAUUCCUACGAUUUAAUCAUUGCCGCGAAUGUUGUGCAUGCUACGCGGUCUCUGACUAAGUCAUUGGGCACCAUUCACAAGUUGCUGAAACCCGGUGGCGUGCUUGGACUUGUGGAGCUCACGAGGCUGACCCCUUACUUUAACAUCGCUUUUGGCUCGCUUUCGGGUUGGUGGCUUGGUGUCGAUGAAGGCAGAACAGAGAGCCCGUUGCAGUCUGCUGAGCAAUGGAAUGAGCAACUCCAAAAAGCCGGUUUCUCUGGUGUCGAUCUGGCAGCCCAUGAUCUCCCGGAGCCUGAAAGACAUAGUGCCUUAUUGUUAUCGACUGCCCUCGCAGUUGAUUCGAUGACCAAUGGGCUAGUCAAUUAA